CGCGCUCGGCAACAGUCCGGAUAAGUCAGUGGUUCGGUUUCGAAAGCAAUCCGGUGGAUUAAAAGUGGAUAUAGUUUCUGUUUGUGCGCCUCGACAGAACACUGUUAUCAGUUUGGAUCUCACAGUUCAAAAUGAUUAAAGGUUAUCGAAUAGCCUUCUUAUUAUUGUGUCUAGUGUUAUACUGCUACGCCGACGAUGCAACGUCGGACAGCAGUAAAACAACAAGUACGCAGCCCACAUGGCUCGAUAAGCUGAAAAAGGAUUUGCUGACCAACUAUGAUAGGAACGCCCGACCUACUCAGUAUUACAAUGUCACUAAUUUGGAUUUGAAGAUGACCAUUCGGCAUGUGGAUAUCGACGAGGAGAAUUCUGUCUUUUCAGUGUACGGAUGGGUUAAAAUGAGUUGGCUGGACAUGCGCUUGACAUGGACCCCCGAGGAAUACGGUGGCAUACGUGCACUUGUGUUCCAGAGCUACUAUCUGUGGGACCCAGAGCUGAACAUACAUUCAGUAACAUUGGAAUCGUCCGGCACAUCGUUCAUGGGCACUGCCAAUGUUCGGGUAGGCCACGACGGCAUGCACUACUGCACGGAACGAUUGAACUUCAAAUCAUUCUGUGAAAUGAACUUCCGUCGAUGGCCCUUCGAUAAGCAGCGCUGCUCAGUUCUAUUGGGGAAAACAGCCGCUGGAGACGACGAUGCGAUCCGAAUCACAACUCAGCCAGCGGAAUGGGAACAAAUCAACCAAGUCAGUCCAAUGUGGCAAAUUGUAGACAUAUCUGUCGAAAAAUACCAAAAUGCAAUGGAAACCGGAUAUGAGAAGUACAACGGAUAUCAGUAUGGAGUAUUAGUUCAGCGAAAAGUGCAGAUAUUCAACAGUACAAUAAUUGCGCCUGCUAUCGUUCUUAUUUUAAUGUCGCUGGCCUUUUUUUGGCUGCCACCAAGUACGAGUGAAAAAGUUCUUCUGAACUGUGUUAACGCAGCUGUAGUUUGCGCAUUUCUACUGUACUUCACUAUUCAUUUACCAUUGUUGGCCACAAGAACGCCGUUAGUAGUUUUGUUUUUUAGCAACAGUCUGUACCUCACGGCAUUUUCUCUGGUUUUGUCCGUGGUAAUCAUGAACAUGGUGAAAUCCAAACACAGAAAUCCAAUUCAUCCAUACAUUAAAACAUUUAUUUCACUGCCGGCGGUUAGCGUGUUCGCGUGGACUGGCAGUAGUGCGAAGACGGCAGCAUCCGAAGAUGACGAUUGGUCCGGUGAGUUGAAGCACGACUCCUUGACGGAAGAAUCUGGUUCAUCGGUGGUAAAUGAGGAUACGCAGGUUCAACUCGGAAUCCAGCGGGAUUGGAUACAAUUUGCCCUCGUAUUGGAACGCAUUUGCUUCAUUAUUUAUGUGUUCCUAUACAGUGUUAUGGCGGCUAGUUACUUAAACUGACUUUGUAUGAAAAUAUAACUGUAUCGAAAGAAUUACAAAUAAAUAAAAUUGUUAUAAAUAAGUAUUUUUUUAUCGUAUAUUACAUUUCUAUAAG